AUGCCAAAAGCACCAGCCGUGUUUCUUCUCCUCGGUCUCUGUCUGUUCGGGGCAGCUGACGCCCUGUACAAGCAGUGGAUACCCGACACUAACUAUGAAAACAAGACCAACUGGGACAAAGGGUCUGUGCCCUGCGGUAACGACAUAGUGCAGUUCUCGCCUCAGAGGAAAGUGUCUGUGUAUGUGGAGACGGUCCACUCCAUCCAGGAGAUCCGGCUACCGGUGGACGGAGAGUUCAUCCUUCCCUCGGGGGGCGGCUUCACGGUCAGUAAUGGAGGGGACCCCGGUUGCGGGGCCGGCGUCACCGCCCAGUUCAAAGAUGCAGAGUCUCUGCAGUGGUUCGACCCGGCGCUGUGGCAGGCAGCAGAGUCUUUAGACGACCUGGAGAAAGGUCGCUUCCUGUUCUCGGUACACGAGGAGAGCGUACCCUGCCAGUAUGACAACGUGUUGUUCCGCGCUGGCUCCUCGUUCCGCGUGGACACUACCUCCAACCAGCCCAGCGUCCCUGUCCAGAGUGUGUCCGUUCUGGGGAAGAAGUUCAGAAGCAGCUCGGAGUUCACCCAUUAUCUGGGCUCACACUCUGGCCGGCUGCAGUUCCACGGAACCUCAUCCCCCAGCGUCGGGGCUUCUGGCUGCAGUGAUGCCUCUGGCUGUGACUGUGGGAACUCUGCGAAUCACAACAGGAUCUGCGGCACUGUGACAUGCGCUCCUAUGAGCUGUAAGAAGCCACUGUACCCCACAGGACACUGCUGCGACGUGUGCAGCGCCAUCGUCACCAUCCACUAUUCCUCAGGCUUCAUCCUUGAGUCUUAUCGGAAUCGACUGCAGCACCUCUUCCUUGGUCUGCCCUCGUACCAGUCCAUUCAGCUAGGCAUGUCCAAGGUGCUCAAAUCUCAGUAUUUCCUCGGGGUGAUCCCACGUGCGGCUGCAGCUGAGAUCCAGAUUGUGCUACUAGAUGGGGAGUCUGGUGCGGUGGCAGAGGCACUGGCUCGGGACAUAUUGAAGGACGUCCAAGCCCAAGGCUCAAACCUGGGCAUAACCGGGGCUGAGUUCCAGGCCUCUUCUGGGGCCACCAGUGGUGACGGGGCAGGGGACAACGCAGGAGUUGUGGUGGGAGCCGUGUUCGGCGUCCUGAUAGUAGUCUCUGGUCUCCCCCUACUGGCUGUCCUCUUCCGCAGAGGCGUCAUAAAACUGCCCACCAUGCCCACCAUCUCCAUCCCUUCUCUGAGCAGCUUAAGGAGAAGCCAGGAGGAGAUAGGGGACUUCACGGACCACGGCUUUGAAAACCCCAUCUUCGACAAGCCCACCAUGAUGCCCGAAGUACCAGGUAUCUAUGGGACUGAAGCCGCCAACUCUAUCUCCCUGACUCCGUCAGGUGUGCAUUUUGUUAAUCCUGCGUAUGAUGAGAACGAGACCUCAAUCGAUUUUACUGUCUGAGACUGUGUAUCAUGGUAUCUGUAAAUAUUUUGUGCACAUUCUUAUGAGAAUAAUUUCUUACGUGUUGUAAUGUAUCUAAAAUGUAUCUAAAAUGUAAAAAUACUAUGUUUCAUGCUUAAAUUCAUAUGAAGUAUUAGGUAUUUUAAAAAGUCAAGCAAUUCAUAUUUGUAAAUCAAUUCUGAAAAGAUUUGACAAAAGCUUUGUCACAUUGAUAACAUGAUUUACAUUGGAUUGACCAUUGACACAACAAUGAAAGACAGCCCUUGAACUCAUCUUAGUAGUUAGUACUCAGCACAAUGUCAAAUAAACAUAGUAUGUUUUUGCAUAUGAAAGACCAAUCACAGUAGUUAGCAAGUCAGUCACCUGCUAACCUGUUCCAAUAAAAAGGGCAGUUAAAAAGUU